UAGUUUUUUAUUUAUUUCUUUUUUUUUUUCAAGAGAUAAAGUGUGGAAUUACUGUUGGACUAAGUGGGAAAAUGGUUUUUUCGUUUUGCAAUUUCUGCAAAGCCAAGUUUGCGGUUCUGUACUGCCCCGCGGACUCGGCCAAUCUCUGCCUGCUUUGCGACCGCCACGUCCACUCGGCCAACACACUCUCUCUCAAGCACACGCGGUGGUGGAUCUGCCACAACUGCGGUGCCAAACCGGCUUCGGUUUCGACCUUUUCAAAAAAUGGUCUUUGUCUUCUCUGCCAAGGCUGUAGUACUACUUGUAACUUGAAAGAUCAAUCACACACAAACUGUUCUACAGUUGGAGAUUUCUCGGGUUGCCCAUCAGCCAAUAGCCUCGCUUCUACUCUUGGGUUCAAAAAUCUUUUGGAUGACCAAAAAGUGGUGAACAACAUUCUAGAUGCUUCUUCUGUUAAGGACGAGCUGUGUGAGCAGUUAGUGGAGAUGGGGAAGAAGGAUCUGGUGCGGGUGGAUGUAGAUGGGGCUGAGUUGAGGCCUAGGACACCGCCAAGUCGAAGAUUUUCUCAAACGACGUCGUUUACCUCCUUGCUUGUCUUAUCCGAGGACCUGGGGCUUACACAGAGUGUUUCUGCUUCGGAUGUUGCUGAUGAUGAAGAAGAAGAAGAUCUUCUUUGGGAUUACAAUCCCACCUAUGAGUCUUCUCUGAUGUGGGAGUUUCGUCUAGAAAAGUCAAAAGAUUAUGAAGAAUCAGGUUCACAAGCCACAGAAUAUGGUACAAACAAACCUUAUUUAGUGACACCAAAGUGUGAGAUCUCUACCUUGUUUGACGAUGCUCUCUCUGAACAUAAUCACUCGAGUCAACCGUUGUCGAAUUAUCUUCCGGCAACAGGAGAAAGCAUCAGCAAACAAUCCGAAUCGGAUUUUGCUAUAUCUGUGAAGGACUUGGGACAUCUUCUUAUGCCUAGGAGUGACAUUGAAAAAGGGACAAAGCCUAAGGUGGACAUGGAGAUGGUGGCACAGAACAGAGGCACUGCCAUGUUACGCUACAAGGAGAAGAAGAAAACUAGAAGGUAUGAUAAACACAUACGUUAUGAGUCAAGAAAGGCAAGGGCUGAUACCAGAAAGCGAGUGAAAGGUCGGUUUGUCAAGUCAGGUGAAGCUACUGCUAAAUGAUCAAAAUAGUUGUGAAGUUCCAUAGCAGAGUAGCACAUUGUCCUGUUUGUCGUUAAAAGUGCCAACUAUGUCUAUACCAUGUUCAUGGCACUUCUUUUACAUCUGUAUUAAAUUUGUAUAUAAACUUUGUAUUAAAUUCUCUUCGAUCUUGUAUAGCUUCCCAUACCCUACUCAAUUUGCUUCUGUUUAAUCUGUUAAUAAAUAGCAGCAAAAGAAUGUCUUGUAUUAUAAACAAUUUACCACGCAGGCAUAAAU